AUGACCGACUAUGCGCCACGAAGCAGUCAGGAUUACAAUUCCUUCUUUCAAAGUCCGCACCUCGCCAUGUCGCAUUAUUCCAAUGGAACUGGUCUCAGCUACCUAUACAGCAAUGGUCAGGUUCAGUAUCAGACCGUCCACGCGCCAUGUUCACCAUACUCACCAACCUACGCACCGAGUCAAGGAACAUCGGCAGCUCCCCUCUAUUUGCCUCCCACCUCUGGGCCACAGCUCCAUUAUUCAUUUGUAGGCCCACGGGUUCCAACGCUUCCCUCCCAGUCUCGUGCUUUCCCACAGAGUUCCUAUUACGCCCCGUCCUCAGGGAAUCGCGCGACUUCACAUCAUCAACGGCUCGCUCCUCCACGAGACUUCACCUCAAUGGAUGGCACAGAGUGUCAAGAUUCUCCAAACGAAGACACUAUGCUCUCAGAACCCGUUCUACCGCCGCUGGAGGGCUAUCCGGAUGUACACGAAUUUGAUGAGCUGAUGAAACGCUAUGUCCAGGACCUCUCACCCAAGAAGCAGGACAAGGCUCUUAUCCAUGCCCGUCGAGCUGCCAAUAUCAAACACGUACUCAUCGACAAGAAGACAACAGCCAUAGAGUCAGCGCAGUUCAGGUUUUGGGUGAAGAAGAUGUUUACAUUGCAACCUAACGAUAGCAAGGUCCCCGAGCAUUUAAGAAAGAUUUGCCAUGAAGGGAAGCCAGUGGCAGUUCGGGAAAAGUUGUUCAAGAUCCUGACUAAAGCACACAAACAGUGUCAGCAUGGCGGCCGGGACAAAACCUCUGCUCAAGUCAGAAAGGUGUACUCAUGGGUGCCCAAAGAGCUCAUUUCAAGAUUCGUCAAGUUGUGUCCGACAUGUCAGGUCCGACGGGGGGCCAGUCGUAACUCGCCUCCCGACUCAGUAAAAAGCCCCGAGACGAAUACGGAACCACACUCGCCGGAGGCACUAUCAGUAGCAGGGUCGAGGAAAGGCUCCACGGCAAACAGGCAGGCGACUGUCAAUGCGUGCAUGCCUUUGCAGACAGCAGGUUUCAAAACGAGCACAACCUUUCAACAACAGAACCGCUGGAUGACGCCAUUGCAGCCUCAUUCAGAGACCAACCACGUCUCUCCUGCGCUGAAGCACGGCCAUCUUAACCAUCGCGACUCUUACAACACCGGUCCACCCAUGUCCUUGAGCUGUACCAAUGCUACACCACCGGGUCUGAGCUUCCCGUCUGUCAAUAACUUCGGAUCAGCCACAGGACAUUCACCUGCAUAUAAUUCUUCUUCGCUGCCUCAAUCUGUGCACGGCAAUGUAUCAACAGAAUCAGCAUAUGGAAUCAAGGUUGAACAUUAUAUUUAG